AUGGCUGACUCAGCAACGGCCGGUGCUUCUCGUGGACGUGGUGGAUUCGGACGUGGACGUGGACGUGGUGGACGUGGACGUGGACGCCGUGGAGAAGAAAAGAACGAAUGGGUUCCUGUCACCAAACUCGGUCGUCUCGUUAAGGCUAACAAGAUCAAAUCCAUUGAAGAAAUCUACCUUUUCUCUUUGCCUAUCAAGGAAUACCAAAUUGUUGAUUAUUUCCUUCCUAAGCUCACUGAUCAAGUCAUGAAGAUCAUGCCUGUUCAAAAGCAAACCACUGCCGGUCAACGUACUCGUUUCAAGGCUUUCGUUGUCAUUGGUGACGAAAACGGUCAUGUUGGUCUUGGUGUCAAGUGUGCUAAGGAAGUUGCUACGGCCAUUCGUGGUGGUAUCAUCUUGGCCAAGCUCUCUAUUAUCCCUGUCCGUCGUGGUUACUGGGGUAACAACCUUGGUGAACCUCACACUGUUCCUUGCAAGGUCAGUGGUCGUUGUGGUUCUGUCAUGGCUCGUCUUGUCCCUGCCCCCCGUGGUACCGGUAUUGUCGCCUCUCCUACCGCUAAGCGUGUCCUUCAAUUAGCCGGUAUUACUGAUUGUUACACUACCUCUCGUGGUUCUACCCGUACUUUGGGUAACUUCAUCAAGGCUACUUUCGCUGCCAUUGGUAAUACUUACGGUUUCUUGACUCCUGAUCUCUGGGAAGAAACUGAAUACACCAAGGGUCCUUAUCAAGAAUUCUCAGAUUUCCUUGCUCAAAAGCAAAGAAAGUAA